CUGUCGCGCAGUCAGGGUGGCUGCUCUGCCUGCUGUUUUGCCCUCCUGAUCUCAGCUGGUGUUUGGGGAAUAUGGCUGGUAAUGAGACUCACCCUAUUCUGGAGAUGAUGCACUCUUUUGGCAUUGAGAGUUUGAUCCUGGCCUUCUGUCUCUCCAUGCUGGUGGGGCUCCUGAUUGGUGCGCUGAUCUUCAUCCUCCUCACAUGGCUGUCCAGACAGAGUGCCUCGGCUGUGAUCACCAGACCCCCCAAGCGGAAAUCCAAAACCUCCCGUGCCCACAACCGAAUGGGUCUGUACCGGAGUCAAGGUUUCCAGCACCUUGGAGACAGCAGCACCGCCUCUGGCCACUUAAAUGCCCGCCGACAGGCGUCUGUGGACACUGAUGAGUUGCUGGGCCGCAAGACGCCCUUCAAGGCGUCCACGUUCCACCCACCAGGGAAGGGAGGGUCUCCCGUGGCCAGUAGUCCGCCGUCUUCCCCAUGCACUGUGGAGAUAGAGCCCCCCUCCUCCAGCGAGGGGAGCCUGCUUCCGAGCUCUGGGAACAAACGGCAAUCUUUCUGGCUUGGCAACAAUGGCCUGAGAGGAUAUCUACCCACCCAAACGCCCCCACCUGCGUAUGACAGCGUCAUCCAUGCCUUCCAAGAGACCCAGACCUGAGUCUGAGACUGGCCAUGGGCAACAUGACUGUAUUAUUGUAUAUAUAAGAUUGUAUGUAGCUACAGACUGCUGCCAUAUUCGUUUAGACAGCUGAACGGAUUGAGGAAACAGCUGCGCAUUACUGAACCUACCAAACGUCAUUACACAAGACUACAUUUCCUUUAUCACAACUCUGAUGAUUUAUACACCACAUCACAGAUGUGGGGAAUAUAUCAUCAAAUUCUGGACACAUCCCAGCUAUACCUGUAAAAAACCUUGAGAUGGAUCUGAAAGUUGACUUCAACAGCAACGGGACUAAUUAGGGCUCAUAAUUUAGGCAUACUGCAUGUGUUUUACAGUCUUAAGUGUAUGAAUAUAAUCUGCUCCAUUCAAUACACAAGCAUCGAAUGAACAUACCAGACAGUGCAAAGGAGACAUGGUGGACAUAUACUCAGAUAACACAAUAGGCUGUGAAUUUACUUCUCUUGGAAAUGGUUUGUGUAGUAGACACUUGUACACCCUAUAGACUACUAUCACAGUUCUUUAUUCCUCUGUUUCCCCCAUUUCAUUAACUGACAAAACUGGGUCAUGGAUUAAUAUGAUGCAAUGUCAUUGGCCUAUAUAGUCCAGAGAUUCUGAUUACCACAUGUUCCACUAACUGUUGAAGGAACAUCACCAACUUCAACUGAGAUGACAUGUCAUAUUCAAUGUGAAUAUGAGUGAGGAGGCAGCUGUGAGCUGUAGCUGUCGCGCCGCAGUGUGGCACGGACAAUCUACCCACUGGAUAGGGUCGUUCGUCACGUGACGCAAAACCCGUUCCGUCAGAGUUAAGGUUGCCAACACAAUUUUUUAAAAUCCCCCUACAGUUCAUGUUCAUUGCGACAACGCUCCACAUAAUUGAUGGAGAUUUUCGCCCUCGUUACAGGAGGAUUUUUGUACGCAUGCGGCAACCUCCUUCGAAGACGCACCAAGUGCAAGCUGACAGAGGUGAGUUUGCUGGCUUAAUCGCAGACAUGCCAGCAGGAUUAUCACCCAUUUAAAUGAGUUUGGCGUCGUAGUAUGUGUUCUAGCAUCUGUUUUGGCCUUCACCGCUCCUUUCAUUUACUGGAAUGCGCAAGGAUGGACAUACUACGGGAUAGGUAAUUAUCGAGCUUAGCGCGGCACACGUCAGUGAUGGUAAAUGAUUUUGUGGAAACUGAAUCAUGUGUACUUAACAUGUCUUGCCAUUUAACACAAGUAAUUCGUUGAAUUCCAUCCGUUUUAUGAUUCUACUCUGGAUUCGAUUUUUUUUAUUAUGGACUGAUUACCUAAUUCUAGAUAUGGGUAGCAGUGGUCUUAUUAAACAGUUAUUUUGGAUGUCAAAUAAGAAAGUUAGCGACGCAGAUGUGUUUUAAAUUACAGGAUCAUCUUAGUUGAGUUAUCAUGGCUCUUGUUGCCACGACGACAGUUCAGAUAGUCAUUUUUUCCCCUUCAAGAUAUGGUGGCACCAUUAUUCGACUUCAUUAGCUCGCACAAAUUCACAUACCUCGAGAGCCUGUCUUGACAUUAGAAUUGCGCCUUCGGCACAUCGUCUGUGUGUAGGCCUCAUUAAUAAAAAAACAGCUGUAGCCUAAUUUUUUUCACUGAUGUUCCGCACGUCCCGUGACGUCAGAUCAGACCAAUGUCAAGUCCCAAGGAAUCGAAUAUAGUGCUUAGGAGACUACUUGUUCAAUCUGGUGGAUAUCUCUUGACAUAUAUUUUGUACCAGUAAAACACAUCGAAAACAUCUCGAAAACAUCUCGAAAACGCCCUCAUAAUGUUACUUGAAGACUACUGAAUAUUAAUUGUGACCAUGGGUUCGCAUAUAGUCACCCACCAAUAGCCUACCUACCAAACAUACCAAACAUGCCUGAAAUCGAAUAUCAGGUGGAACUGAACCUAGGCUAUUCAUUUGAACGUCUUCCAGUCACCAGAGGCACAUUUGCCAAACCCUCGAGACAGCAUCAGUAGUAGCCUAUUGAAUGCACAUACCUUAUCCAUUCAGACCUCAUGCAUUACAAAAAGCCUUUUAAUGUUGGCACCUGUUUGUGUAACGAUAUUUGCUUGUACAAUGAUGACAGCAGUAGGAUGGCCGUAUCCCUGGAAACAUGUCAUUGAAUACUCGACAAUAACCCUAGUUGUACCAACAUCCGUUUCACCCUUUUAUCUGCUUCAUGACUAGGCCUAUUUGAUUUGAAAAUACUGUGGACUUCAGUUGUCCUUUACUGGUCUACUUUCAUGCAAAACAUAUUAGAUUAUCUCCACAGAUAAUGUAAUAAACUCCUAUUAUGGCUAUAGGCAAAGAGGCCAAGCAUAUUAGACCCAUGUGGUACAUUUCUUACCCUCAAUGUCAAACAAAUCCAUUUUAAUGACUUUUUCAAUUUGUGUUAAUUUGGUGCAAAGAAGCAAAUGCCUGGUUCACGUGUCUCAUUUCAUAUUGCUUGUAUAUACAUGCAUACAGUAAUUGUCAGAAAUGCCUCCUUACUGUUUACCUCUGUUUUGUUUAACAUGGUUGCAACACUAACUUUCUGUACAUUUUCUCAGUGAAUAAAAUGCAUUCGCUUGUUU